GUGUGUGUAAACUGUACCAAGAAUUAUAGAUAUGACACAACAGCAAGGAAUCUGGGAAUUUUGAGGAUGACGCUUGAGGCUGAAGAAGAAGAGGAGAAAGGGAAGGACAUCAAUCUCCAUCUCAACAAUAACGGGUACCACCCUGACCGAGACAAGCCCAUGAUUCACCCUUGUGUAGACCCCCCAGUCUGUGACAGCUGUCAGAAGCUUGAACUAUCAUUCUUUGACCCCGGAUGUCCUGGUUGUCAUGAUAUCCUCGUCAAUCCAAACACAACCGUCCCUGAAAUAUUUGCCGUCCUCCGACAAUGGACCCCACAGACACAACAGAAUUUAGAACUUCUCAUCAAUGAGAUUUUAAAACGAAAUGCCCACAUCAACGACCGUGAUGGUUUAACAGAUAUGACACUGUUGCAGUAUGCCAGUAAAUCUGGUGCUGCAGGGAUUGGUGACCCAGAGGUAGCUGCAGGAGUGGUUACCAUGCUAAUCUCUAAGGGAGCAGAUGUCAAUAUUCGGUGUCGUUGGACCAAUAUGACUGCCCUCCAUUAUGCAGCCUACUUUGAUGUUGUACCUGUGAUAAAAGUCCUGCUCAAAACUACAAAAGCUUUAGAUAUAGACAGUACGUGUUCAGAGUUUGACCAUGGCAGUUCCUUACAUAUUGCUGCGUCCAAUCUGGCAUACGAAGCUGUUAAAGUAUUACUCCAGAAUGGUGCUAAUCCUAUGAUGAAGGAUGACAUGGGCCGUGGUCCAAUAGAAUGCAUUCCAGAUCCAACCAAUUUAGAUUCCGAUCCAGAAAUGGCAAAAUUGGUGGUCAAGCUCAAGAAGACUCUACAAGAAUCCUGUCAGCCAGCAAUAAAGGUUCCUCCCCCUAACUAUGACCUUGUCCAGUCCAAGGUCACCCUGCAGGCUCUUGGGAUCACACUGGGAGACAAGGUCGUUGUAGGAGGGGUCAAGACUGGGACCUUGAAAUACUGUGGACCAGCAGAGUUUGCUGGAGGUCUGUGGGCUGGGAUAGAAUUAGAUGAGCCCGGAGGUAAAAAUGACGGCAGUGUUGGUGGAAUUUCCUACUUUCAGUGUGCAAAUAACCAUGGUAUCUUUGCUCCAGUUAGUAAGAUUGCUAAACAAGGAACAGUACCACUCCCUCGCUCACCUUCAGCUACCAUGUCUCCUAACAAAACUCAGCAGAAAGCUGCAGCAGUCAAUGUUUCCAAUGUCAAGGCCAGAGUGGACACAGGUAUAAAACCACUCUCCCUUUAUGGUACAGGACUGAAAUGUCGAACUUCAUCAAUAGCAGAUCUGGCUGAAAUUGACCUAGGAGAUCGAGUGAUUGUAGCUGGACAGAGAAAGGGCACAGUUCGGUUCUGUGGGGAGGCGAAGUUUGCACCAGGUAUAUGGUAUGGUAUAGAGUUGGACCGUCCUGUUGGGAAAAAUGAUGGGUCUGUCAAUACAGAUCGCUACUUUCACUGUAAACCUAAACAUGGUGUGUUUGCUCCUCUGUCACGCAUACAAAAACUUGGUGAUCGACGAUUCAGUUCCAAUGAAUCACUUGAUGCUAUAAGUUGGGGUGCAGUUUCAGAGAAAGUUGACAGACGUGCAAGUAGCAGUGUUCCCUUCAGUUCCCAAAAUCGUGCAAAAACUCCAAUCAAAAGACCUAAAAGUGGACUGUCCUUAGCCAGAAUACCUGGUGCCAGUGCACCAUUCAAGCUGGAAGUUGGAAUGAGUGUCUUUUGUAAUAGCGAAUUAGGGACAGUGCGUUACAUUGGUCCAGCUGACUUUGGCGACGGCAUCUGGGUGGGUGUAGAACUUCGGACAGCCAAGGGUAAAAAUGAUGGAUGUGUUCAGGACAAACGUUACUUUUCAUGUAAACCAGACCAUGGCUUGUUGGUGAGGCCCAGUAAGAUAACGGUGCGUGGCAUCAAUGGGUCAAAACUUGUGUCGGACUACUACCAUUCACGAGAAGGCGAGGCGUAGAACUUCACUCUUGUCACAUAAGGAAAAUUCAAACAUGACACUCAAUUAGAGACAGAUAUAUGAAUACUAGGAGAAAUCUGGAGAACAUGGAGUUUGACAUUCACAUCGCUGUAAUGCUAUCACAUAUCAAGAUAAAAAGAUACCACUUAACAUUACCAGGAAUUUGUACAUGUAUUACUGUUAGAUGUCUUCUAUACACAUAGCAAGGAUUCGGGAUGUGAGUAUAUCAUAAUAUACACUCAUAUGUAAAGGCAACAUAACAUAAACCAGAUUAUUGUCAGUAGAAUUACAACACACAAAAAAUCACAUGUAUGACCACUUCUGAAUUCAUCAAUCAAAUUUUUCAUAUUUUAUACCAACUUUUGGUGCUUUAUUAUGAAAUAUUCUUGUGUGGAUGUGUGUGUGAAAUAUAUUGUGUGUAAUGAAUGCUUAAUACAUUACUGAGAAAGAAACAGACUUUUCUGAUAUGGAGGUGAAAAAGUUGGUUACAUGUGUCAAGUUGGAAUGUACUCAUGCAUAUUUUUUUAUGGGUUUAAAUGUUGAUGGUAAAUUAUUCUUGAGAAAGUUUUUUUUUUUUUUACACAAAUUUUCUUUAUCAAGUAAAAAAAAUGGUUACCUGAGUUUAUUUUGAUUUUUUAAAAAUUAUAUCUGUUAAUUCUAAAGGUUCAUUCUCACCCUUUUGUAAAUGUAAAAUGAUUACAUUUGUAGAAACAAGGAUAGAGUUGAUGCUUUAAUAAGGGUUUGGUUGGCUCCUUAUACCUCCAAUUUAGAUACCUCUCAGUAUACAGGGCAAUUGAAGUAAAGGGACAAAGUAAGAAAGGCAAUCAAUCAUAACAAAUUUGGCAUAAGUUGAUUCAUCUUUCUCGGAACAUCUACAGAUUUCACACUAACAGUAGACAGAACACAGUUAAGAACAAUUAACUAAUUUCAAGCUUUUUUGCAAUUGUUGCUGCUAACGUUAUGGUUACUGUUGUUGACAAGUCAUUAGAAAACAGAUACUUGAACAUUUAGGCAGGUGAUUUAAGAUAUAUAGGUAAUCUGUGAAAUAAAGAAUGUUCCAAACAUGAUUGAUUCCUUGAAGUAUUCAAGCUGCUGAGAAACAUUGAUUGGAGAUUUUGAACAAUAUGACCUGAUUGUGCCAAAAAGAUAUUUUGACACAAAGGAAAAAUAUAUGAAAUUGAUAUAUUUUUUUAUGUGUAACUCUUGCUUGUCAAGUCGUAGACUGUACAGAUCAGUAAAUAGAUUUUAGGAACAUAAAGAUAUAUUAAUAAAAUGUUAGAUUUUUAGUGAGAUUGAAACUAUUAAAAAGGAGAUACAAUUUUAGUUUGUUUGAAACUAAAGGAAAUACAAUAUAACAGGAAGGGUUUUUUUGUUUUUUUGUUUUUUUUCAUUUUGGAAAUUGGAAAAGUUUGCUUUCAUUUUAAAAACCAAGUUUUCCAUGUUUGUAAUCUGUAGCAAAGUGAUUAUAAAUUGGGUUUUAUUGGAAAGUGUAUAUAAGUGAGAAUGUACAAGGUUUAGAUGGUCACUGCUCUGUCUCUACGAUACAACUUAUAUUUGUAAUUUACUCAGGUCAAAUGAUCAUAUUUUAUGCAACUCAAUAAGCAUUAUGUUUAUAAUACAUGUACAUACAUACUGUUGAUUAUGAUAAUGCUUGACAUUUUGUAGAUGGACAUGUAUUGUAUAGAAUAAGUGACUCACUUCAACCCAAUCUAUUGAAUUUCUUUGUUCAGUAAACCAUACACUUCAGGUACGCACAUAAUUUACUUAAUGUAAUACCUCUAGAGUGAGAAAUUAUGCACAUACAUAUCUAGUGUUGUUGUGUAGCAGAAUAAACACAAUAUUUUUCCUUAAUUUUAAUUGUAAAUUAAGUUGCUGAAUUCUACAAGGACGCCAUGUUUUUCAAUUAACAGCAGUAACAAUGUUGUGUGCACAUUUCAUAAUGUAAUUAGGUUUACUCACCCCAAAUGGUCUAAAUGUAAUAGUCAUAGUAUGUUUGGUAAUCAUUUGAAAUGAAAUGGACUAUUUCCUUUCCAGGUUAAUGCAGAAUGAAUUUGUUCUUUAAAAGGACUUGUGGUCUCAAAAAUGAUGAUCUAGAGAGAAACAAAUUUCUUUAAACAGGAAAUUGUGAUUUUAUGAUGUACAAAGUUGAUGUCUAGUCUCAAGAUUUAAAAUGGCAAAUUUGUUAUAAAUAUUUAAAGUUUUAAUUACUUAUCAUGAAAGUAAUGAUGGGGAGAGAAGUUUCCUUUAUAUUCAGAGUCUCUAUAAAAGCUGCUAACUUUUGAAGUUUAAUGAAACAAUCCUGAACUUCUUAAUUUGAUUCUAUCAGGGACAGAAAGAUAAGUUUGGUAUUACUUUAUAUAGUGAAGCCUGUCUUAAUUGACAUCAUCAUGGACUAGAAUAUUUAUCAAGUAAACUGGCACAGUAAAAUCAGGGUUGAAAAGGGAAACCUGUCAUGAAAGGGCAAUCAGAUCAGUCCUAAUACUAAAGGUUGUUUUCUAAGUCAAGUGUUAGAAAAGUUAGCUCACACUAUCUCAUAUUAUCUGUCUCCUGGAAGCUAGGGAAGGCUUGGGCUUCAUCUUCUAAACAAGGAUUAAGUAAAAGUGACACCUUAGUACAUUGUCUCUUUCAUGGUUAAUCUUAAUCAAUUCACUACAAAUCAAAGUCAGUAAAACAUUGGACAACAAUCAAAAUCAGUUAGAUUUUAUGAUCACUAAUGAUCAGGUCACUAGAGCUCUUGACAUUCAUCGGUGAGAGCAUGUAGAAUUUAUGAUUACUUCACUAAUGAUCAGGUCACUAGAGCUCUUGACAUUCAUCAGUGAGAGCAUGUAGAUUUUAUGAUCAGGUCACUAGAGCUCUUGACACUUAUCGGUGAGAGCAUGUAGAUUUUAUGAUUACUUCACUAAUAAUCAGGUCACUAGAGCUCUUGACAUUCAUCUGUGAGAGCAUGUAGAAUUUAUGAUUACUUCACUAAUGAUCAGGUCACUAGAGCUCUUGACAUUCAUUGGUGAGAGCAUGUAGAUUUUAUGAUCAGGUCACUAGAGCUCUUGACAUUCAUCGGUGAGAGCAUGUAGAUUUUAUGAUUACUUCACUAAUAAUCAGGUCACUAGAGCUCUUGACAUUCAUCGGUGAGAGCAUGUAGAUUUUAUGAUCAGGUCACUAGAGCUCUUGACACUCAUCGGUAUGAGCUUGUAGAUUUUAUGAUCAGGUCACAAAUAGCUCUUGACUUUUAUUGGUGAGGGCAUGUAGAUUUUAUGAUUACUUCACUAAUGAUCAGGUCACUAGAGCUCUUGACAUUCAUCAGUGAGAGCAUGUAGAUUUUAUGAUCAGGUCACUAGAGCUCUUGACACUUAUCGGUGAGAGCAUGUAGAUUUUAUGAUUACUUCACUAAUGAUCAGGUCACUAGAGCUAUUGACACUCAUCAGUAUGAGCUUGUAGAUUUUAUGAUCAGGUCACAAAUAGCUCUUGACUUUUAUUGGUGAGGGCAUGUAGAUUUUAUGAUUACUUCACUAAUGAUCAGGUCACUAGAGCUCUUGACAUUCAUCAGUGAGAGCAUGUGUAGUGGUAGUGUCACAAAGACAGAAAACCAGUUACCAAACAACCAACCCCAGUGAAUAUUUUGGGUAGAAAGCAAGCAUACCAAUAAUAAUGUUUGUAUUCAUCCUUUGUUUAGGAUAUGCUCAUAUUUUCUUAAAUGUUUAUAGAGUAUUUUAAUUAUAUAGAACUGUAAAUAGAAUAUUUUCUUUAGUCAAAGUUUUUACACUAAUGAAGAUUUCACAUGCUGAAUGAAAAUAUAUAUAUAUUUCAGCAGCGAUAUAAUUUUACCUGUUGACUAUCCUUGCACACAAAUGGUUUACAGUGGCAAAACGUACAUAUUUAUAUUUGUUAGCACUGCCAGAAUUGGAAGGGUAGGCAACUUAUAGACAUUGCAAAUUUGCUUAUAUUGCAAGAAAUUAAAGGUGAAGGCUUUUUUAUUUUAUUAUUACAUAGAUUGUAAUUUAAUGAUUAUGGUGUACUACACAGUAUCUGUUACUGUGGUCCAGAAGCUGCAGGGUCUCCUUGUCAUAAAACAGUUUUUGUACUGAUUGGCCUUAUCUUAUAAUACCUAAUAUGUCAUGUAUAAAAUUGUGUCUGACCACCAGAUUUAUAUCUGAAAAAUAUGUUCAGUCUUGUAAGAAUAUUUUUAAUAUCCUGUUAAACAGGAAGGGCAGGGACUAAUCAUGUAAACGUUUUUUCUCAGUAAAAAAAUUUGCCAAGCAAUAUGAUGACUAUUGUAGUAAAAGUUAGGUACUGGGUAAACCUAAUGUAUAGUUUGUCAUCAAGAUAUUUCUACCUUUUGCUUGGCCUCAAAUUCAGCUUUCUUGAUAGUGUUCAAAUGCUGUUUUCUCCUAUUUUCAUAAGUUAGGUACUGGGUAAACCUAAUGUAUAGUUUGUCAUCAAGAUAUUUCUACCUUUUGCUUGGCCUCAAAUUCAGCUUUCUUGAUAGUGUUCAAAUGCUGUUUUCUCCUAUUUUCAUUUGACUUAAAAAGUGAUACUUAUUUGAUGUCGUGGUAUAAUUGUAUUUAUCUUCAAAAAAUCAACCAACACCUAUUUACAAAAUUGUGACAGAUUGUCAAUUUAUGAAGUGAACCUGCCAAACAUUUUCUCUAAAAGUCCACCAGACAGACAAAAAGGGCAAUACAAUGGCUGAGCUCCAGCAAUUUUGCCAAUUCAACAAAAUAUGUAUGAAAAAUCUUGUUCAUUUAAAAUGUUGCUAUUAUCAGUACAUUAUGCAAUUAUCAGUACAGAUUGUGUUAAACAUCUUGUUGUAGUGAUUGUUUUUGAUAACCUUCAGUAUUGGUGUUACUGCCCCAAUGCCAUUUGAUGUUGGUUGUUGGUGGUGUGUAUGUUUUGGUGUGUGUGUAUGUGUGUGUGAAGGGGAAGGGGGUGCUAGUAGUGUUAUCCAGUAACAUGUCAGUCCCAUCCUUUUCUAAGUCAAUGUCUUCAUUUCUUAAGAGAUGUAUGUAUUAAUCAAACUCUGCACGGAGGUCAACAAAGACAAGGCUGUGGUUUUUUUUGAGGGUUCAAAACUCAAGGUGGACACUUUAUAUUGAUAAAUAAUCUAAAACCAGCCAAUACAUUGAUGUUUUCUUUAUUUUGUUAUGGAAUAUAUACAGUAUGAAAUAGGUAUCAGACAUACGCUGCACUACACUGUAUAACAAAUAUAGUAGUGUAUGACAGUCUUGCUAUAUAGAGAUACUGUUGGUGUUGGAAUCUCUCAGUAUUUAUUUGUUAAUUAUUUCUCCUAACACAUUUGCACAGUAUUUGUAGAGGAAUAUUGGACCUUGUGGUAGCAAGCGUCAAAAGCUUAAUGAUUUGUUUUAUAUUUAGAUUGAGAACUUUCUGUUAUUGUAUGUGUUAGUAGUUAUCUGGAAUUCAGAUACAAAUACACUGUUUAUGAAGAUUGAAAUUUUAGCAUGUCAAUAAGCUUAUGGUGGUUGACAAACCGGGCCCAAGUCGGCAGUUUUUAUUAGCAGCUACUGUAUAAUCGUCUUUAAUUUAUGAUUUAUCUUUUGUGUAAUAGUUAUGUCCCAUUUCAUCUUGAGUUAUGUCCCUUGUUUUGUCUCACACUAAAUGAUACACAAUGCACGUGUACAUUGAUAAGGAUGAUAUUAAUAAAACAUCAGGUACAUUAAAAAAGCAUUAAAGAAAAUACAAGAAAGAGA